UGCUACGUAAACAAGCUAGUCGUUAUGGAAACCACCUCAGUGAUCUCGCAUUUCAACGCCAGAGGGCGAGAGCGAGGCUAGGGACUUCGCGCGCUUUUUUGCUCUUGGCGCUGUGUUGUUGCGAAGUUACCGCAUUGUAGCGAUUGUAGUUCAAGUACGAAUAGUGCCACCGUGUCGCCGUCUGCAGAACUGAAAUCUAGAAUAGUUGUGGGUGCCGUGCUGCACAGUGUAACGUCAUGGCGGAAGAUGAAGUUACUGUCACGGAGGAAAUGAUUCAAGAAGAACUGAAGUUGCAGGAGGCCGCGACAGAAAAGGAGGCACUGGUAAAACGCAGUGAGAAAGAACUCUCCCGUGAAGAGAGCCUUGCACGCCUGCAGCGUCUGCUGGAAGCUAGCAACUGCUAUUCCCAAUUUCUCCUCCAGCGCAUUCAACAGCAGAAACAAGAGAAACAUGCACGAACUCAAAAGAAGACGCUUCAAGAGGUUAAUGAAAACUGUCAGACGACAACAAAUGACCGGUCUAACACGAAAACGCCAUCAAAGCGAGCAAAACCCGGAACGGCAUCGCCGAGUUCAGCAAAGAGAGCACGAACCAACUCGGAAGAAAACAAAUCAGGCUCUGCGCAGGACGUUCGAAAGGAUGACACUGGAGGUACAAACAACGCAGGCGAGAACCAGCCGGCACUUUUCACUGGCGGCACUCUGCGCCCUUAUCAGCUUGAAGGAUUCAACUGGCUCAAGCUUCUCUGUGAGAAUGGGGUGAACGGCAUCCUCGGUGAUGAGAUGGGCCUGGGCAAGACAGCGCAGAUUCUGGCUCUUCUUGCACACCUGAAGGAGCGACGAGUACACGGACCAUUCCUCAUCAUUGCUCCUCUCUCUGCUGCGCCACAGUGGGUAGCUGAGGCCAAACGUUUUGUGCCAUCUCUAUCGACGCUGCUGUACCAUGGGCCCCAACGCCGUGCCAUGCAUCCUCCUAAACAGUUAGAAAAAAUCAACCUUGUCGUCACCUCUUACGAAGUAGCCAUGCGGGACACCUCCCGUUUUGCAAACGUGCCUUGGCGCCUUCUGGUUGUUGACGAGGGGCAUCGGCUGAAGAACCCACGCUGCCGUCUGGCAAAAUCCCUCCGCCUUCUGCGUACCGACGGUCGUCUUCUGCUAACUGGUACACCUCUGCAGAACAGUCUUGCUGAGCUCUGGGCCCUGCUUCAUUUCCUCUUGCCAGAGAUCUUCUCUGAUCUUGAUUCCUUCCAGUCCUGGUUUGAUGUGGGAGCACUAGGCAGCGGAGGUGAUGGAGAAGCUCUCAUAGUAGCACAAGAGCAGAAAGACCAUGUUAUUGCAACGAUGCAGGAGAUCUUGAGGCCAUUUCUGUUGAGACGUACCAAGGAAGAAGUGUGCUUGCAGAUUCCCCAAAAGAAGGAAGUGACAGUGUGGGCACCCAUGAGUCCCCUGCAAGAAAAAUAUUACACUGCAUGCAUGAACCAUUCCAUUGAACUGUUGCUGACAGGAAAGGACAAGAAUCACCAACCAAGCUGUACAGAGCUAAACACAGCAGGCCGUCCAAAGAGAACCGCUGCAAAGACUAUAUCCUACAAAGAACUAGCAGAACUAGACUUGGACCGAUGUGAAGAUGAACUAUGGCCAACAGCAGAUCCCCAGGCCAACUCUAAGCGGAAGGAAGAACGAAAGAAGGAAGAAGUGACUGAGAUACUGCGGUUCAGCGGAGACAGGAACCUCCUCAUGGACCUGCGUAAAAUAUGUAGCCACCCUUAUUUGCUGCGUUGCCCGUUGGAGGAUGGGCUGAUCCCCCGAGAUGAGGCCCUCGUCCAGGCUUCGGGAAAACUGCGUCUGCUCGAUGCCAUGCUGCUACAGCUCAGGAAAAGAGGGCAUAAGGUCCUUCUCUUCAGUCAAAUGACGCGAAUGCUGGAUUUGCUCGAAGAGUACUGUGCCCUGCGGAACUUCCAAUACUGCCGCCUCGACGGUGACACCAGAUCUGAGGAUCGCAUAGAUCAGAUCCGCUCGUUCAACGGAGACUCCAGGAUGUUUAUUUUCUUGCUGAGCACCCGUGCAGGAGGGCUUGGGUUGAAUCUCACAGCAGCAGACACAGUAGUGCUCUUCGAUUCAGACUGGAACCCCCAAAGUGAUGCGCAAGCUUCUGCACGCUGCCACAGAAUCGGACAGACCCGCCCUGUCGUCAUCUACCGCCUUGUUGUUCGUGGCACCGUGGACCAGCGGAUGGUGGAGUUGGCCACCGCCAAGCGGAAACUGGAACGUCUCAUUAUGCAACAGGGGAAGUUUUCCUUUCACAAAAGUGUGAGCAAAAGCGCUCUGUCACCAGAGGAGCUCCAGGAGCUCCUCAAGUCUGCAGACACCCCCAAUAUUGUCCAUGCGGAUGCCCCUGUGCUAUCGCAGGACGAUCUGAAUGCUCUGCUCGAUCGCUCCGAUAAGGCAGAUGUGCAUAGCAACGUCUUCCAGCUCGUCAAGAAUGAAGAGGCCAUCGACGACAUCAACCAAUGUCCUGAAAACCUCUAGUCAAAAACCUACCACAAUGCGCUCAUGAAGCCCAUUUGAGUAUACAUUGUUUCGACGUUUAUACCUCAUGUCUUUCAAGGCUCACGAAGAGCGUUUUACGUUUUGUGUACCCUGGUGACAAGUGCGCACACUCCAUGCAGUGUUUUUAAAGCUUUUAGAAAGGAAUUAAAUAUUAACAAAUUUAGUAUUCUUUAAUA